AACGAAGCAAACAAAGAGCAAAAGCCCGACGCGGUUCGUGCGCAGUAUGACUGUAUCGCACUAAUGUAUAUUUCCAGUGAGGUUAAGAUAAUGAGAAAUUUCGUGUCGUGUGCAUCAACAACACCCCAAAUAGAUUAAAAAUCCACCGAUAAUCGUCUAGUUCGAAUAGUCAUCCUUCUGCACCAGUGCGUGUAAAGGCAGGCUGAAGAAAACGUGUCCAAUCGUGACUAAGCGAAAAACUUUGUUCCCAGUUAACGUACAAACAUCCGAAAAAAUGAGGGCUUUCAUCGUUAGUGCCACUCUGCUCUUCAUCGUCGCCUGCGUCCAGGCAGAACUCCAAUGCGAGCACAAGCAAGCGGAUCUUCCGCAAUCAUGGAUCGAUAUGCAGGCGCCUUGCAUGAAGGCUGUGAGAAGCCACGUGGCCGAAGAACUGAAGGCUGGCCUUCAAUAUAUGGCCAUGGGGGCGCACUUUUCCAAGGACCUGGUCAACAGGCCUGGAUUUGCCAGUCUCUUCUUCAAGGCUGCCAGCGAAGAACGCGAACAUGCCAUCAAGCUGAUUGAGUAUCUGCUGAUGAGAGGACAGCUCAUUUCAGGCGUCACCGAUAUGAUUCCCUAUAAAGACCUGACUUUCAACCUCACCUCCACCUUUACGAAUGGGGCUUCCGCCCUAAGGGCGGCCCUGAACCUGGAGGCUUCAGUCACUGGCAGAAUCCGCAACUUGAUCCAAGUCUGCGAAGGCGAUCCCAACUUCAACGACUACCAUUUGGUGGAUUAUUUGACUGGCGAUUUCCUGACUGAACAGUACCAAGGGCAGCGCGACCUGGCCGGGAAACUGUCCAGCUUGGAGAAGAUGAUGGACAAGCACGGCGUGCUUGGAGAGUUCCUCUUCGACAAGAAGCUGGCCUAGAUUAACCUCCCCACCCCCGUUAGCUUCCUAGAAGCUCUAUUUACGCGUGAUGAUUAUUUUGUAUAAAUUUUAAAUAAAUCAGUUAUACGUU